AAAAAAAAGAAAGAAAGAAAAAAGGAUUCAAUCAAUGGAAGAUCAGCUGAGCCCUUUAGCUGUAACUCAUCUUCUUCAGCACACACUGAGAAGCUUAUGCAUCCAUGAUAACUCCCAAUGGGUUUAUGCUGUUUUCUGGAGAAUCUUGCCCAGAAACUACCCACCUCCAAAAUGGGAUCUUCAAGGAACAGGAGGAGCAUAUGAUAGGUCAAGAGGGAACAGGAGGAACUGGAUAUUGGUAUGGGAAGAUGGGUUUUGCAACUUUGCUGCGAGCGCCUCAACCGGAGAGAAUAAUAUUCCGGCGGCCGGAGAUUCUAAUUCUUCCAUUUAUGGAGAUCAUUAUCAUCAUCAUCAUCAAGCUUAUCAGGCUGCCCUACUGCCUGAGGUUUUCUUCAAAAUGUCCCAUGAAAUCUACAAUUAUGGUGAAGGUUUAAUUGGAAAAGUGGCAGCGGAUCACAGUCAUAAAUGGAUUUACAAAGAACCAAAUGACCAAGAAAUCAACUUCUUGUCUGCUUGGCAAAACUCUGCUGACUCACAGCCAAGGGCCUGGGAGGCUCAAUUCCAGUCUGGUAUAAAGACUAUAGCAUUGAUUGCAGUCAGAGAAGGUGUUCUUCAGUUGGGUGGACUUCACAAGGUUAUUGAGGAUCUGAGCUACGUUGUUUCACUAAGAAAGAAGUUCAGCUACAUCGGAAGCAUCCCAGGAGUAUUAUUACCCCAUCCAUCUUCUUCUUCCUCUUCAUCAUCGUCAUCCUCAUCUUCCUCGUCUCAUCCAAUAUUUCCGUACAGACCAGAUUGUGCCAUGUCAUCACCUCUGGAAGCUGCCAACUGGCACCACCACUUUCAAGGCAAUCAUCUAGCUGCAAAUCAAGCAGCGGAGUUCUUUCAUUUCAACAACAACAAUAAUAAUAAUAUUCAUCAUAAUAAUAAUCAAGCAAUGGCAAUGAUGAGAAUAACUCCAUCCAUGAGCAGCCUUGAAGCUCUCUUAUCCAAACUCCCAUCAGUUGUCCCUCCUCAUGCGGCCACAGUGGUUGGACCGGGUUAUUGUCAUGAAGUUCAACCGCCACCUGAUCACCCAACUAUGUACUCGUCGCAGCAGCAGCAGCAGCAGCAUUUGGUGGUGGUGGCCAAGGAGGAGAAAAGAGAGGAAGAAGAAGAUCAUGAUGAUGAAGAUGAUGAUGAUGAUGAACAAGAUCAGUACAAUAUGCAGAGUGGACAUCAAAGGGAAGAAAUUAUGGGAGUUGAGAAUAAUAGUAGCUGUUUGUCAUCUUAUGAUCAUCUUAGGCAUGAUGACAAUUUUGGGUAUCAUUUUCAUCAUCCUCAUUAUAUUAAUAAUAAUAAUGGUACUACUACUACUACGAAUACCCAUCAUCAUCAUCAUGAUGUUAAUGUCACUAGAACCAAUGGUGGAUUUUAAGUGUGGAAUAUUAUUAUUAUUAUUAUGUUACUAGCUUGCUUAUAUUAAGAUUGUUCAAUUGUCAUUUCUAAUGUUAGUUUUAUAUUUUUCU